AUGGAGUCAACAUCAGAGAUAGUUAACUUCGGAAAGUCUCUAUUAGUUCCUAGUGUGCUAGAGCUGGCCAAAGAGCCUAUUGACAAGAUCCCAAUACGAUAUGUGCACCAUGACCAAGACCCUCCAUCCAAUGAUGUUCAUGUCCCAUCAGUACCUAUUGUCAAUCUCAAGAGCUUGCUUACAGGAGAGUCCAUGAAUUAUGAGCUGGAAAAGCUUCAUUUCGCUUGCAUAGACUGGGGCUUUUUUCAGAUCAUAGACCAUGGAGUUUCUCUUUCAUUGCUAGAGGAGUUUAGAAGGCAAGUCAUAGAUUUUUUUAAUCUUCCAAUGGAAGACAAAAAGAAACUAUGGCAACAACCAGACAACCACGAGGGAUUUGGGCAGCUCUUUGUUAUAUCCGAGGAGCAGAAGCUGGAUUGGUCAGACAUGUUUUACAUAACAACUCUACCCGUCAAUCAAAGGAAGAUUGAGUUGUUCGAAAAAUUACCUAUAAAGCUCAGGGAAACUAUGGAGGCAUACUCCGAAGAACUGAAAAAGCUAGCCAUGACUUUAUUAAGUCUAAUGGCUAAGGCUCUAACAAUUGACGAUAAUGAGAUUAAAGAACUAUUUAGAGAUGGGGUGCAAUCAAUGCGGAUGAAUUACUAUCCUCCUUGCCCCGAGCCUGACAAUGCCAUUGGCUUCACUCCUCAUUCGGAUGCAGAUGCUCUAACAAUUCUGUUUCAGCUCAAUGAAACUGAGGGCCUUCAGAUUCGAAAAGAUGGUAAAUGGGUUCCAGUUAAACCACUUCAAAAUGCUUUUGUGGUUAAUGUUGGUGACAUAAUGGAGAUUGUGAGUAAUAGUGUGUAUCGGAGCAUUGAGCAUAGAGCAAUAGUGAACUCGGACAGUAAGAGGCUCUCAGUUGCCACAUUUUAUAGCUCCAACCUCGGCUCGGAGUUGGGCCCUGCACGUAGCCUUGUUGGACCAAAGAAUCCACCAGUUUUUCGACGAAUGCCCAUUGAAGAGUACUUCAAGAAUUUCUUCGCUAGGAAACUCAAUGGCAAGUCUUAUAUUGAUUUUUUGAAGCUGGAAGUUACAGGCAAUGGCAGUACAGAUAAACUAACGAUUCUCCUCCUUUGA